AGUGACACUCAUAAUAUACUGCUUUGGCUACAUGAGCAAAUAGCUGCCUUUUGUGGUCUUAGUAAACCUAAACAAACACAACGUUGUGUCUCUUUAAUGCCAGAUUCAACUGUGUAUUAUGUGAACGUAGUUAAUUCUCUGUAAGACAGUUAAGUAUCUCGUCUUGGUUGCCAAUUUGACAACAUAGUAUUUCCACAUAUGGUUUGUCUAUAGGUUUUGAAAGAUGGCAAGUGAAUCAUCAACAAGUGGCUCCGGAAAACUGCGUCAGUUUGUGUGUGUAGAGUAUCCUGGACUUAUCAAUAAUGUUGACAACAUGAUAGAAACACUGGGUGGAAUAGAGAAAAUUUCAGAGGUGUAUUGUGAGGAUAAUCGGAGAAUGGAGCUCCGUUUUAGACCUAAUGAUGUAUAUUGCAAACCUACGUGUGGUGAAAGGCACAACUCCACUGCUUUACUGAUCCGUGUUGUUCGGAGGAAGAAAAAGAGAAAAUUGAAAUUAGAAGGAGGAGAGAGUCCUCUAGAAGGGAAUUAUAAUGAAACUCCAUCACAGGCUAGCGAUUCAUCAUCAACAAUCAGAUCAGAAUUAGUAGGGAUCAUCCACACCACUUAUAAAUUUAAUAAUUUGUGUGACUUCCAGUAUGUGCCUUUAAUGACUGGAGAAGAUGGCUGCAGUCAAGUGUGUAUUUAUAAUGAUCUUGUUCCAAGAGGUAUGGAAAGUGCCAACUGGCUACAUCAGCCAGCACCCUUGUACCUUCCACCUGCUGCUUUUACUCGCAUGGACACACCACAAGAUUAUCGAUAUCGACGGGAAGCCAAUAGUGACCCCAAAUCAAAAGUGCCUCAGAAUAUCAUUUGUCGCACUCGGCAGAGAAGGACACACUUUGCAAUUUUUCAAACAUUUAAAGAUGAAGAUGUACCAAAGUGUCCUCUUCAGGGAGCAAUGUCUCAAAUCAGAAUAAAAUUCAUGGAGAAUGCUCUUUAUCAGGGUUUGAAGGAAGAGUUUGAAAAACGACCAAUUUGGUCGAAGAAUGCUCUUAGAGUUCGCCUAGAUUAUACCAAGGAUAAACUCAAAUAUCUUUUACCAACCCUGUCAUAUUAUUUUCAUACAGGACCAUGGAGGAAUCUGUGGGUGCGAUUUGGAUAUGAUCCCCGUAAAGACCCUACUGCUUGGAUAUACCAGACAUUUGACUACCGCAUAAGACAAGCUGGUGGUGUUAAAACAAAAGUAGAGGCCAAACGCAGUUAUUCAAAUUAUGUUUUGCCUUAUAAAAGUUCAAAUGCAUCUAGGAGAAAGAUUUCAGUCAUUCAUUCUUUACAUUUAGGGCAAGGGGGAGAUGAUGAUAGUGAAACUAACAGAGAUUCUGAAAAGAACUUGGAAGAACUAUAUAUAUUCAGACCAGGGAUGAUUCCACCAUAUAGGCAAAUGUUUUACCAAUAUUGUGAUAUUCAGGUACCUGAAAUACAGAAGCUUUUAGAAGAUUCUAUUUUAACUGGAGCAAAUAAAGUAUGUUCUGAAAAACAUGGAUGGUUACCAGCAGGCGUAGAAGCAAAGUGCCGUGAUAUUAUAUCUCGGCUAAUUGAAAAAACACUGGCUGAGAGAACAGCUCAAGGACAAGGUCUGGAUGAGGAAGAAUUGAGGUCAAAUUCUGACACGGACUCUCCUACAGAAGGCAAUUCUACUGAAGAAGAAAUUAACUAAUUUAGAGGGCAUUAGCACACAUGUAGCUAUCAUGUUCAUGAAGUGCAGUCAUUAUACAGUACUGUCAUAGAAAGGGAAAUUGAUCCCUGCCAAAAUAUAGUGCAAUUAAAAAGACAGAAAU